CUUUUUCUCUUUUUUUCUUUCUUUCUUUCUAUUUCACAUCACUUUAGCUAUUAUAAUGAAAACUCAAACCAUUGCUUUAUAUGCUGCCGGUGCAGUUGCUUUUCUCGGUAUUGGAUACCUUGUUUACUUUGACUAUAAACGUCAAAAUGAUCCCAACUUUAAGAAACAAUUAAAACGUGAACGAAGAAAGGCUGCUAAGGCUGCCAAACAAUCAGAAGAGGAACAAAAGGAAGCCAAGAUCAAAUUGAUUGAAACUGUCAUUACCGCUGCUGCACAUGAAACUUACCCCAGAACACCUGAAGAUAUGGAAAAAUACUUUAUGGCUCAAGUGGCUGAAGGAGAAGGUUUAUGCGCAAAAGGUGAAGGAUACUACAAUGAUGCUAUUUUACCUUUUUACAAGGCUCUCAAGGUGUAUCCUGCUCCAAAGGAAUUGUUGGAAAUCUAUGAAAAGACUCUUCCUCGUCCCGUUUUUGAAACUAUCAUUAAUAUCUUGGCCAUUGAACAACAAGCUGCUGAAGCCCAACGUACUGCAGAUAUUCCCGUAGAAUAAAAAUAAAAAAAGAAAGAAAAAUACUUAGAUUAUGAUCCUUUUAGACUUCUCCCCUCUCCUUUUUAUUUGUUUAGACUAUUUCACUUCAUUAUUUGUCAAUAAAUAAAUAAUAAUAAUAAUCCUUA